CACCACUGCAUCAGUGUUAUUUUUUAUGGAGUCUUUUCAAACAGAUUACUACAAGUUGUUUGGAAGGAAAUCUGUGAGGAGACCUGUGAUGAUAAUCUGUGAUGGGUCCCUUGUUCUGAUGCAAGCUGUUGCCUACAGUUUUUGUAAACAUUCUUUGGAGAGCUUGCUCAGUGUGUACUAUGACAUUGUCACUGGACAGUUGAAAGAGGUCAUGAAUAUGCCAAUUCUUCAUCGCUGCCUAAGCCACAUCAUGAAGAAUGCCAAAGUGUUCUGCAAGAAACAUUCCCCCAAACACUACAGACUGUCCAUGCAUCUUUUUGGCCUCCUGACAAGUGCUGCCACACUGAUGGAAAUGGAUGACAUUAUUACAAGCAUGGCAGUCCUGUUCUCAAGUCCUCAGAGUGGUGACAACGUGGAAAAACACUUCCAAAACCUUCAGAACAGGUUGCAAACAAUUGGCUUUUCUGAAAGCAGUGACCGUGCAGAAAAUGCUGAAAAUGACUUUGAGAUCAAUCUGGGGCACACAACAUUUCAUACUCAUUUUGCGGAAAUAGUGGCAAACGCACCUGUAGAUGUAAAGGGUGAGCCAAAUGAGUAUCAUUCACCUACAUUCAUGCCUAACCUGGUGAAAUAUUUCCUACCUCAGGCAGUUUUGUGGUCUGGUCUUAUGCUGGGUGAUCUUGGCCGCCAUGGAAAAGGACCAGCCUACAAUCAUUUUUCCAAGAUCUUUAUGCGAUGCAGUCAGUCAGGCACACAGAACUACACUGAGGACAACAAGACUCAGGCUAUAAUGGAGAAAAGCCAAUGGGAUCUGAAAAAAAUUAGAUUCCAGAGACGUCGUCUCACAAGGCUUGACGACUUUGUACAGAUUUAUCAGCAGACACAUAAUGCUCUCUUGAUGGAGUUCUCUGACUCAACACGCAAGAGAAAAACAUACAGGGUAAAUGUUGAGCGCUGGAGAAAAAGGAAGCCUUCCAAGAAAGGCAUCUAUGUGUCACCAAUAAAGAAGAGUUUCCCAUUCAGGACAACAAAAGUGGUAUUAAAGUAUCAUAUAAAAUAUUAUCACACUUCAUUGUUCCUUACAAUUUUAAAUAACAAUAUAGAUACGGUUUAUAUUAUACUUUAUAACAUUUAAAACAUAUUCCGUUUUAUUUCAUAAUAUUCCAAAUCCAGAUUUGAAAUAAAUGCACUAAUAAAUUAAUGAUUUUCGAAGCCACAAAUGUAAUUUUAGUUUAUGUGAUGUGAGAAAUAUAUCUUCCUGUAUGUGAUGUGAAUGGUUUAGGCUCCAGUCAAAGGACGCAAACCAGGUUUGGAGAGACCACAGACAGUGACUGACACCAGCUCGACAGGACCCAAGUCGGAAAAGGAACCUUUAAGGAGCACUGACAUCCCAAAAAAACCUGGGAGUACAACAACAUCUGUAAAUAAAAACUAUGGACCAUGCUGGCAAGGAGCAGACCCCUCAGAAAAGAAAUCUGCAGCAAGACUACAAAGGCCUCCACAGGUCCCAAAACAUAGCAAAAUGACUGCUGUUCUUCAUCCGUACCACUGGCUUAGCUGUGAUGAGAUAGAUUUUGCAUCAUACUUGCUUGCAAGCGAGUACCCUCACAUUCAUGGCUUUCAGUCAAGUGUUUUAUUUAGUGUUUUACAUAAGGGAGGGAUUGUGGGUACUCCAAGCAGCCCAUUUGUGCAAAUUUUACACACUGGGAACAACCACUGGGUAACUGCUAGCAACCUGUUUUGUCGGAACAAUCAGGUUUGCAUUUAUGACAGUCUUUCGACAGUGCUAAACAACAAAGACAAACAAGUUUUGUCAUGGUUAAUAAGGCCAAAGGAAGACAAAUUUACAGUUAUUUACCCUGGUGUCCAACAUCAGUCGAAUUGUAGUAACUGUGGUUUGUUUGCAAUUGCUUUUGCAUUUGCAUUGUGCUGCAACCUGAGGCCAGAAAACUGCAAGUUCCGUGAGGGCCGGUUGAGGACUGAACUUUUAACUUCCUUCAAGAAAGGACAAAUCCAUUUUAAAACAGAGCCAAGAGUUGGUGCUCCAAAGUCAGGACAAACACAUGUGAAUGUGUACUGCAUAUGCAGGACUGCACACUGCAGUGAAGUAAUGGUAGAAUGUUCUUUGUGCAAGGGGUGGUAUCAUCCUAACUGUGUGAACAUACCACAAAAUGCCAUUAGUGGGGAUGAUGACUGGAAUUGCCACAACUGUACUGGCUAAAUAUAAAAAAGAAAUGACAUUUUCUUGCAUUCAAUUUAGGAAGUCCAAUUUAGGAAUUUCUUGAAUUCACUUACAUUUUUCAUUGCUUUGAUUAUUCAGUGUGCCGAUGUGCAAUCGGCACAAUGACUAUUGUUUCUCAUACUUUUAAUAUUAUUCCGCCAGUUUUUUGUCCCGCUUAGGCUCACGAAGCGUUGCCAACACGCGCACACAAAUGACAUCAUCACGUGUGUAACGUUCGGGAAUGGUGUGCUAUGUGUUUUGUAAGAGAUUUGCCGCACGGUUUUCACGAAAUCGGCCUAAAAAACGUGAAAAAUUGUCCCAUAGACUUGAAUGGGGAAUCGCUUAACAUCGCUCAAAACAAGCCCCGUUUGGGACCAUGCUGUAUCGCCAUACUUUAAUGUAGAAAAAAGAUUAAAAGUUUAAACCGAAGACAAGAUUUUGGCGUUUAUUGGGCUGAAUGGGCUUUCGGAUAUCAAGCACGUUUUCUACGAAAUCACAGUUUACGUAUCGUCGUCUUUUCAGACCGUUUCAGAUUUUCCCAUGUGUGUGUAUGGGGCCGAAAUGUUGAGAGUUAGAGUGGGAGUCAGUGUGGAGCUGAAGUACGAUUCUCGGAAUUUUUUCCAAACAAAUUGCUCUCCCUUCUACAGUUUUCACUCUUCAUACAUCAUACUUGGUCAAAAUGUAGGAAAUCUUGUGGCGGUCGCAGACAUGUGACUAUGGAAUCCCCCGGACGUACACUGCCGAUAGAAAAAAUGGAGUUACAGUACGAUUCGCUGAAAUUUAUUUCCAAACAAAUUGCUCUCUCCCGUGCAAUUUUCAUUCUACAUACAUCAUAGUUGGUCAAAAUGUAGGAAAUCUGAAGGAUGCAGAUGGUUCCCUGUUUGUUAGCUGCUCUGUGUCCCAUAUAUUUCAUACCACAAACAUAAAAACCACAUCAAUGCGUUCGCCAGACUUUUAUCUCUCUGGUGAUCAUAAUAUUUUGCCGUUUGGACCCAUGGUUUUUGACUUACAGAACAAACUUUAGAGUAUUAAUUAUCAUUACAUGUUGGACCCAUGGAAGACACUGUCUCCCCCUCCCUACCCCUGCACUGUGGAAAUCACCAUAGCAACAAGUUCUGACACAAACACAUUCU